UGUAACACAUACCGAGUCGUCUCUCUCAGCGCCUCAGCCUGCCUUUACCUGCUCCUGACUGCUGCCUCAGCUCCUUCCCGAGAAAGAACGCACUCACGAGCGAAAGAGAGAGAGAGGACUAAUGAGGGAGAGAGAGGGGGUGUGUGAGAGGAAAAAGAUGCUGAAUCCUGGUUGGCUAGAGAGAGUAGAGGCUGACUCAGUGGAUCUGGAAGAGCAGCAUGUGACAGAUGCAAUUCUCAUCCCAGUCCUCACCAUCAGACCAGGGGCUUGUUCGCCAUUGGCCCCGUUCACUGGACCGGCAACGCACGGCACGCUAUAACACCAUGCUUUCCAUUGCCAGACCCAGCGGAGCUCUCUCACUAGUGCGUAUCACUUGCGCAACGUGCAAGAGACUCAGCCCAGACACACUUCAGCCCAGCGCAGAGAGCCGAGACUGAGGAAGAGGAAAGAGCAGCUCCGCAUUACUCUCUUUGCCUUUGCACAGAAGAGGAGAGAGCAGGAUAACGCAUUGCUUGAGGCUGCUAUAAGAAGCAGAGGCACGUCAGAAAAAGCCCACAAAGUGACUGUAACAGACUGAGUAAUGAGAAAUGACCGAUGUUUGAGGAUCCAAGAGGAUGAAGGAACACGCUCACUCCGUUCCUGACUGAGGGAAAGUGAGCUUGUGCCUUUCAUCUGAAACAGAGAAACAAAAGAAAAGGCUUGUUGGGUGGACUUGUUUUUCUCUCUCCUGGCUGGACUCUGUGCAUGGAAGCUUCGGUUCCCCAUGGCGUGUUACUACAUUGUCAUCAGCUCCACACACCUCAGCAAUGGACACUUUCGAAACAUCAAGGGAGUUUUCCGAGGUCCCCUCUGCAAGAACGGCAACAAAAACUUGGAUUAUGCUGAGAAGGAGAAAACCUUGGCCAAAGCCCUAGAGGACCUCAAGGCCAACUUCUACUGUCAGUUGUGUGACAAACAGUAUUACAAGCAUCAAGAGUUUGACAACCACAUCAACUCGUAUGACCAUGCUCACAAGCAGAGGCUGAAGGAGCUGAAGCAGAGAGAGUUUGCCCGUAAUGUGGCCUCCAAAUCCAGGAAGGACGAGAGGAAACAGGAGAGAGCUCUCAGACGCCUACAUGAGCUCGCUGAACAACGCAGAGAGGUGCAAUGUGCCCCAGGAAGUGGUCCUAUGUUCAAGUCUACCACGGUGGCAGUGGAAGGUUCUUUCAGGGAGUCCUGCUGUGAUGAUGCCCAUGAAGAGAACCAAAGCUGUGCAGCUCAAGAUCUUGGGGGUCAGAUCCAUUCCAGCAGUUGUGGCUUAGCUAGUAAGCAGUCACAGUGGCCUUACAAUGGGAGGGCCAAAGUGCAAACUUUCAGACGCAAAAUUGCAUUCUCUUUUUCCUUUCCAAAGAAAGCAUCUGUUAAGCUUGAGUCAUCAGCGGCGGUUUUCUGUGAGAGCAUGGAAGAGGGAUCGAUGGAGCGAAGCCGCAGACAAAGACUCAGAGCACCCCAUGUUGAGCUUGACCUCCCCAGCUCCCCCAUGGAGGAAAAAGUACUAAAUUGUGAGGAGGCAAUUUACAGCACUGGCACACAGCAGGGCAAGCACUUCCAAAAAAGCGACAGCGCCGGAAGUCAGGGGUCAUCAGAUACGCCUGUGAUGAGGGAGAGCCCCUCAUCAACAGCCUCAGAUUUGUGUGCUUUGCUCGUUUACUCAGAGGAUGUGCCCAGUCCGGCUGUCUCCCCCUUAAACACUUCCCCUUUUCAUUUAAACAGGUCUGAUAUUGUUCUUGACUCUGAGGCCUCUGUUGAGAGUCUGAAAAGCAGCAUUGCUGAAAGUAAACCUGAGACCUCUGAGGAUGUGAAAGUAGAGGAGAGUGGCAUUUUAGAGCAGGGGCACUCGACCAUCAGUGAGCCUCCAGAAGAGAUAUUCUCAGAUGUGCCACCCAAGAACGAUUCCCCUCAACAACAAGAGCAAGUGGAGGAUGCAACUACAAAGACACCUUAUCCGUUCACAAAACCCAGUCAGCCUUUUUUCUCUGUCCUAAGCAGAGACGGUAACACCAACUUCCAGUGGCCCUCAGAGAUGGUGACUUUCACAAGGACAGAGCCGACCCUGUCUUUCAGUUGCAACCCCCUCCAUUUUGACUUCAAGAGGUCACGGAUUAAAAGGUCUGCUGACACUCAGGAGAUGACUGAGCCCAAAACUGAUGAGGAAUUAUCUGUCUGCUCAGGUUUCAAAUCCUGCCACUCUGACAAGCAUGUUGAGGAAUCCACAGCCAGCCCCAGAAACAGUCCCGGCCAAGGACCUGAAGGCAAGGUCAGAAAGUGUUAUCAGUAUUCAAGUGACACAGAGAGUUGUGUCAGGCUGAAAACACAUGACAGGUGUAGACAUUCCAAAGAUUGGAUCCAUGCAAGUAAGAGGGCAGAAGAAAAAUUGCGGGCCAGGGACCGACGUCAUUACAGGAGCCACUGCAAAAAGAAGCGGAGGAGGCGGAAGAGGAGGAGAGACCGACACCGGGAGACAGAGAGCAAUAUAGUGAAAUCUAAGAAAUUCCACAGACGACCUGAGUGUGUGGAAGGACUUGAUAGCCAAUUUAGAGGCACCACUUCACAGCAAGUACAUCCAUUAGAGAAGUCAAAGCAAUCAGCUCAAAAUCAGGCCGAGGACAGCAGCAUAGCUCCCGUAGUUGAGGAAGGGGUGGGAGGCAGGAGGCAGGAGGCAGCAGACAACGUAAACGGCUCAGCAGGCUGCAUCAUUCUCUCUGAUGAGUUCUGUGCUGAUAGUGGAAAGGUGCUUGGGAACAGCAGGGAAAAGCCUGACAAUCCAGCUGCAGGGGAGCAAACAACCACAAGGCAGUGUACCCAUAGCAAGGAUGCAUCUCACUCUCAAAGAUCCAGUGCACCAGAAGGGUACAGAGAAGAGACACUACCAUUAACAGAGACUGGACCAGAUGAAGGACAAACUUCGAAAAGAAGGCGUACACAUUCUCUAAGUGAUGGAGAUAAGUCUUACAACCCCUGUCAAUCACCGGCAGAGAUUCCUGAUGGGUGCACAGAACUUACCUGUUGUGAACACGGGACUAAAAGGAAAAGACAGAGGUGGUCACAUGUCCAAGAUCAAGUCACAUGCCUUGCAAAUGAAUGCCCCAUUGUUACAAAAAGUGUUCUGGAAGAACAGGACAAGGCUGCAGAGGAGUCGAGCAUGAAAUGCCUUGUUUUAAAAGGCUUGUGUGACAGCUCGAAUGGGUCAGACCAAAUCUCAUGCAGUAUUGAUGAUGGAGAGAGCGGUGCAGUUGAUUCUCAGACAUUCACUUCCAUUAGCAGUGCCCUGGGUCAUACUGUGGAGGAGAGCAGUGACUGGCAGCGGAGCUCCUCCUCUCAGAUCAAUGCUUCAUGCACCAAGGGUAGUCUAACUCAACCCGAGACAGAUUCAAUGUUCUCGAAGGAGCCAACAAAGGAGAAUAAGAACAUCCACAGAAGCGAGUCUAAAGCAGCACAAACCCCCUUAAAGAACUGUAACAAGUAUUCAGUGGCUGCUCAGGCCUGCCUGCUCGAUGUAAGAGAUUUAGCUCUACAGAGGACUGAAAAAGCCACUCAUGACAAAUCAUGUCAGCACAGCCUUCAGACCCCACAGCAGAGAUUUCACCUAGGCAUUCAGGCUGAGGAGAAGUUAAGCAGAGAGAGCUUCCACACCACCAGCAGCCUGUUCCAACCCUCUCCAUCUUUCCAGCCCCCCUCAGACGGCAUGGAGAGACGCUGCCUCUUGCAGAUCCAGAGCCAUGGACAGGUGCUUCACCAGCAGGUGUUCCCCACCAAGCUCAAAUCUGUCCUGCCCAGGCCACAUCUGCCCAUGUCAUCUGCUGUGCUCCAUCCAGUUCACCUGUCAUCCUCAGUGCCUUCUGGCUCCAUCACAAUACGUCAUACCAUACUACAGCACCACACUGCUUUCCUGCCCCCACAACCCCCUAUCUACCCCCAGGUAGUGCCUGUUUCUCGACUCCCCCUUAGGCCGGAGAUCUGUCCAUCCGCAGGACCUCCAUUUGUGACCCCUCCGCAGGUACAGGUGGUGGCUCCCCCUAAUAUUCACCCAAUGACAGUGACAUUUCAUGCCCUCCCGCGCCCUGCAGUUUUUCCUCCUAUGUUGCCCCCUCAUUCUGCUGUCAUUCCCCUGCAGCCUCUCUUCUAGGACUACAGGUAUUUCUUUAUGUAACACAAUGUAUUUUAUACUGCAGUAGCAAGAGAAACAUCUGCAGCGCCUGCUCCCUUAGUUAGAAUUUUGAGUAGUCCUUGGGUAACAUACAAAAGAGUUGUUUUGCAGCUUGGAAAGGAUGCUGUUUCUGUGCCAUGUUGUCAGUAGAGAUUCUUGCAAAAAAAAAAAAAUAAAUUGCACAAUACUUUAAUUAGGAAAAAUAUAACUCACCUACCUGAUUAAUUCUUAGAUGUUUUUUAGGAUCUGUUGUUUGGAAGAUUUUAAAACAUUUUAAUCACCUCAAAGACAAUAGUUUUAUUUCAUCAAGGGCAGCAUGGACAUGAUCAAGA